GAGCCGACGCGAGCCGGAGCCGAGUCCGAGCGGAGCCCCAGGAGCCUCGCUCGCGGGCGGCCCGUGGGCGGCAGCCGGGCGCGGCGGGCGCCGGCGGGGCGGCCCCCCAGUAAGAUGUGCGCGGCGCCGCGGGGCGCCCCCCACUCGCAGCGGCGCUCGCGAGCCGGAGCCGGGCAGCUGGGCCAGGCGGCGCCUCGGGGGCUGCUGCGCGCCGGCGCCUAGAGCUGCCCGCCCCAGGGAGCCCGCCACGGCCGCGCCCCGGGCACGCUCGGCGGCGCCCAACGAUGACCGCUCCCUGGCGGCGCCUCCGGACUCUGGUUUGGGAAUACUGGGCCGGGCUCCUCGUGUGCGCCUUCUGGAUCCCGGACUCGCGCGGGAUGCCCCACGUCAUCCGGAUCGGAGGAAUCUUCGAGUACACAGAUGGCCCCAAUGCCCAGGUCAUGAACGCAGAGGAACAUGCCUUCCGGUUUUCUGCCAACAUCAUCAACAGGAACAGAACUCUGCUGCCCAACACAACUCUCACCUACGACAUCCAGAGGAUUCACUUCCACGACAGCUUUGAGGCCACCAAGAAGGCCUGUGACCAGCUGGCCCUGGGCGUGGUGGCGAUCUUCGGGCCCUCACAGGGCUCCUGCACCAAUGCCGUCCAGUCCAUCUGCAAUGCCCUGGAGGUGCCCCACAUCCAGUUGCGCUGGAAACACCACCCGCUGGACAACAAAGACACCUUCUAUGUCAACCUGUACCCCGACUACGCCUCCCUCAGUCACGCCAUCCUUGACCUGGUGCAGUACCUCAAGUGGCGGUCGGCCACGGUGGUCUACGACGACAGCACAGGGCUCAUCCGCCUACAGGAGCUCAUCAUGGCUCCGUCAAGAUACAACAUCCGCCUAAAGAUCCGCCAGCUGCCCCUGGACUCAGACGACGCACGGCCCCUGCUGAAGGAGAUGAAGCGCGGCCGGGAAUUCCGCAUCAUCUUCGACUGCAGCCACACCAUGGCCGCGCAGAUUCUCAAGCAGGCCAUGGCCAUGGGCAUGAUGACCGAGUACUACCACUUCAUCUUCACCACUCUGGAUCUCUAUGCCCUGGACCUGGAGCCCUACCGCUACUCGGGGGUGAACCUGACUGGCUUCCGCAUCCUCAACGUGGACAACCCCCACGUCUCGGCCAUCGUGGAGAAGUGGUCCAUGGAGAGGCUGCAGGCGGCACCCCGUGCUGAGUCCGGCCUGCUGGACGGGGUGAUGAUGACUGACGCAGCCCUGCUGUACGACGCUGUCCACAUCGUGUCCGUGUGCUACCAGCGUGCGCCCCAGAUGACCGUCAACUCCCUGCAGUGCCACCGGCACAAGGCCUGGCGCUUCGGUGGCCGCUUCAUGAACUUCAUCAAGGAGGCUCAGUGGGAAGGAUUAACUGGACGGAUUGUUUUCAACAAAACCAGUGGCUUACGCACGGAUUUCGAUCUGGACAUCAUCAGCCUGAAGGAGGACGGCCUGGAGAAGGUCGGGGUGUGGAGUCCUGCUGAUGGUCUCAACAUCACGGAGGUUGCUAAGGGCCGCGGCCCCAAUGUCACCGACUCGCUGACCAACCGGUCACUCAUUGUCACCACCUUGCUGGAGGAGCCCUUCGUCAUGUUCCGGAAAUCCGACCGGACCCUGUUCGGGAACGACCGGUUCGAGGGCUACUGCAUCGACCUGCUGAAGGAGCUGGCGCACAUCCUGGGCUUCUCCUACGAGAUCCGGCUGGUGGAGGACGGCAAGUACGGGGCGCAGGACGACAAGGGCCAGUGGAACGGCAUGAUCAAGGAGCUCAUCGACCACAAGGCAGAUCUGGCCGUGGCUCCUCUGACCAUCACCCACGUCCGUGAGAAGGCCAUCGACUUCUCCAAGCCCUUCAUGACCCUGGGCGUGAGCAUCCUGUACCGCAAGCCCAAUGGCACCAACCCCAGCGUCUUCUCCUUCCUCAACCCUCUGUCCCCGGACAUCUGGAUGUAUGUGCUCCUUGCCUACUUGGGGGUCAGCUGCGUCCUCUUUGUCAUCGCCAGAUUCAGCCCUUAUGAGUGGUACGACGCUCACCCCUGCAACCCAGGCUCCGAGGUGGUGGAGAACAACUUCACUCUGCUCAACAGCUUCUGGUUCGGCAUGGGCUCCCUCAUGCAGCAAGGCUCUGAGCUGAUGCCGAAAGCCCUGUCCACACGCAUCAUCGGGGGCAUCUGGUGGUUCUUCACGCUUAUCAUCAUCUCUUCCUACACGGCCAACCUGGCCGCCUUCCUGACUGUGGAGCGCAUGGAGUCACCCAUUGACUCCGCCGAUGACCUGGCCAAACAGACCAAGAUCGAGUAUGGGGCCGUCAAGGAUGGCGCCACCAUGACCUUCUUCAAGAAGUCCAAGAUCUCCACCUUCGAGAAGAUGUGGGCCUUCAUGAGCAGCAAGCCCUCGGCACUGGUGAAGAACAAUGAGGAGGGCAUCCAGAGGACACUGACGGCUGACUACGCACUGCUCAUGGAGUCCACCACCAUCGAGUACGUGACCCAGCGCAACUGCAACCUCACCCAGAUUGGGGGCCUCAUCGACUCCAAGGGCUACGGCAUCGGCACCCCCAUGGGCUCCCCAUAUCGGGACAAGAUCACCAUCGCCAUCCUGCAGCUCCAGGAGGAGGACAAGCUGCACGUCAUGAAGGAGAAGUGGUGGCGUGGCAGCGGGUGCCCGGAGGAGGAGAGCAAGGAGGCCAGCGCCCUGGGCAUCCAGAAGAUUGGCGGCAUCUUCAUCGUCCUGGCCGCCGGCCUCGUCCUGUCUGUGCUGGUGGCCGUGGGCGAGUUCGUGUAUAAGCUCCGCAAAACAGCAGAGCGAGAGCAGCGUUCCUUCUGCAGCACCAUGCUCGAUGAGAUUCGCUUUUCCCUCACCUGCCAGCGUCGGGUCAAGCACAAGCCGCAGCCUCCCAUGAUGGUCAAGACCGACGCCGUCAUCAACAUGCACACGUUCAAUGACCGCCGGCUCCCGGGCAAGGACAGCAUGAGCUGCAGUGCCUCUCUGGCCCCUGUGUUCCCCUAGGCGCAGGGCUGGGACGCCGGGCCUGGGGCAGGACAGAGGAAAGCGAAGGAGACAAGAAGGAAGGUCCCCUGGCCCCUGCUGGCCACAGGGACCAGAGCUGCUGCCCACCUGGUGAGCCAGGAGCCCUCUGCCCUUACCUCCUAGGAAACCAGCAGCCCCCGGGCCAGCUGCUGGGGCUUCACUCUCCUUUCAUUUCUUCUAUGGGUUUCUAAAGCUGCCAGCCGAGACAGCCAAGGCCAAAGGAAGCACACGCCUCUCUCAGGCCAAACCUACCUGCCCCUCAACCACCCUCCACGGUCAGAAGUUGCCCCCACAGCCCCACAGAGGCCAAAGAACAUGG